GUACAUUUUGUUAACUACUGAGAGCAAAGAUGCUUUGUAGCCAAAACGUGUUUUUAUGGCUCUUUGGAUUCAUCACUUGCCUUCAGUUGGCUCCACUUGUAAUUGCAGACGGUCGUGUGUUUGUUCUGGAGCUGAGGAACUCCUCUGGCCUGCUGGGACACAGAGACGCUGAGCGAGCCUGUGCCUCACAACGUGCUCGUCUCGCCUCAGCAGCAGAGCUCCACCAGGCUGUGGCUGACUGCUUUUUCUCAACAUGCACCCGUGGGUGGCUGUAUGGGGGCACAGUGGGGACUACAGUGUGUAGUGUUGAGGGCAGUGCACUGAAAGCUGUGGAUGUUAAAACAGAAAACGUCACAGAAGACAUCACUAACAUAGAUGCCUUUUGUAUCAAAGACAAAGGUAAACCAUGUGGUGAUCCACCCUCCUUUCCUCAUGCCCACCUCCAGGGCCACACAGGAUUUGAGCUGGGAGAUGAGCUGCUGUACUCCUGCAUGCCUGGUUACGUGAUGACCAGUGGAAAUAGUGCCUUCAGUCUACUUUGUGACAGCUGUGGGGAGUGGUAUGGUCUUGUUCAGCUUUGUGUAAAAGAUGACACCGAGAGCCACGUUGACUAUGAAGACCAGUUUACAGAUUCCUACAAACAGCCCAAGAGUCCAGAGGAGGCUCAAGGCCAGAUGUAUCAAGAGUUGCAGGAUGCAAUAUUUCAUAAUGACAAGGGUUUUGAGGAGCACACAGAGAUUGCCUUUAAUGUUGAUGAAGCUGAACACCAACAUGAACAAGCAGCACUAGAUGAACCUGGGGUGUCCAUUGAUCUGAGUAAGAAACUGCAUGAUGCUCCUUUAGGGGAGGAACAGGCUGAAGAAGGCGGUGUUGGAGAUUUUAUUGUGAAUCAAAGCUGGGGCCAGGAGAAGACAGAAGUGGUCCGGACUGAGGAUAGACCAGCUACACACUCCCCUGUGUCACUGCUCUCCCAAAAACACAUGUUCUGGUUUCCGUCUGAAGCCUUUCACGAUGGACAUCCAAUCUCCACAAACUCUGCCACUCAGAGCUCAACAGCCGUCCAAUCAAAUGAGAGCAAAGAGCAGGAAAGCAAAGAACUGGGCCAGCAGCAAACUGUGAACUUUGAAGGUCAGGUAGAGACAUUAGAAAAUCAUAAUGACAGCCGAAGUCAUGAGCAGGAUACCUUAGACAGCCACCAGGAGAAAGACGAUCAUGUGACUAUCUACAUUCCCACUCAACACAAUGUGGACAUUUCCAGACAUGAUCGCUAUGAUGACCCUGACCACCACGAUGAUCACUAUGACAUGGGAGAGCAUGAAGACGACCAUAUUCGCGUCCGCUUUGACAGCCGGGAAUAUGAUGGACCAGAGCAGACAUAUGAUGAACAUGAAAGUUAUGAGGACCACAAAGAGGAACAAACAGAUGUCUCCCAGGAGCAAGUGGACCAUGACAAGCAUGAUGAUACAGAGGAGCCAUAUGACCCAGAGGAUAAUGACAGCUACGAGGACAAUAGUCGGCAACAUGUGGUUCUUACGGUAGAUGGUGGAAAACAGAAUGUAUCUCAGAAGGCAACAGGAGCUAAAGCAACCACAGAUGACACAUGGUUAGAUGGGUAUCCAAUUGUGCAAAAAGAGGUGGGGCAAGACAUCUCCACAACAGGAAAAGAGCAGGAAGUUAAGGUGACAGAGAACCCAAAUGAAAUUGAUGCUUUUCUCAAUACAAGUUUUCCAAAUAUAGAGAUAGGGUUAAAUGAGCUGGGAAAAGAGGAUACGACUCCUCCUGCCCACCCAGAUCCAUCAGACGAUCAUUCACUUUCGGACACUGUUGACUACGACACGCAACAGGCAGCACCCACAAACUUCUGGCAUGGUGACCUCACAGAGCACCCUUACCUAGAUCAGGGCCCUGUGCCACCUUUGAACGACUUGGGUGGGCAUGAAGGUGUAGAGGAGCACACCAUCGAUAACCUCCCGGGGCAAACUGGCGAGAGGGAUGAGGUGGAGGGGGAGAAAGGGGAAGCAGUUUGUGCGGACGAGAACUGUCCGCCCAGACCGCCGAGUUCAUCGCGCAGAGGUCCGACAGUGGCAGCCAUUAUUAUAGCAGUGUGUGUUGUAGCUGCAGCGGUGAUCAUGGGAGUGUGGUGUUACCGACGGCAACUGCAGAAAAGCUCUGUGUAUGAAAUGAACGGUAAAGGCCAAAGUCAGAAGAGACAAGGGCAACAGAUAGAGAUGCAGCAGAAAGUCUAAGCACACGGAGGAGACAUGGACUCAUUUUAAAUGGUUAGGAAUAUUCAAAGACACUACUGACACUAGUCCUUAUUUAAAUAUUGUGGGUCCAAAUAAAUUAACAAAAAAACAGACUGAUAUUGUAUGAAAAAUAUACAGUCACAUUAAAAGAAUCCUUCUUUCUCACUGAAGUUAAAGAUCACACCAUUACAGCAGCGCUCUUCUGAAUGAUCAAGAAAAUGAAUGUCUUCAAAUCCAAGGUUAACAGUUAGAAUACUGUACAUGUAUACAUUUGUGCUUUUUGUGUUCUUACUGCUUUUUAAUUUGUUGUUUUGCUGUCUAAUUCUUCAGUUCAGAUGAAAAAAAAAACAGUAUGGGAUCAUUUUUUAUAGAUGUUAAAGGGCAAUGUAUUUGUAUAGUCCCUGUGGGGAAUUCUGACCCAUCUUUAAAUGCCACAGGGGCACUUUGUCAGGCGCACUGGGUGACCGCUGUGCAGUGCCCAAAGACACAUCUCUAGUCUAAGGUUAGUCAGGACUACUUAGCUGGAGGUCUAACCUGUCGAAUGUUUGGGUGCAUUAACCUCUAGGGAAGUCUCAAGGAAGUGUCUUGAAAAGAGACGAAGAGGGCCUCUACUGCCCAGGCUUUUGUUUUUUGGCCUGGUGCAUCUAUUUAUAAGAGAGUGUUUGCAUGUUUCAGGUCAACGCAGUGAGAGUCCAAUGUCAGUUCUGAGAUAAUUGGUACGGCAAUUAGCCCCAAAACUGCAGAUUCACCACAGGGAAGGCAGUAACAAAUGUCAAAUAUGUUUAUAUAAAAAGAACAGAUGAAAUGACAAAGAUGAACCCCAUACAAGUUUGAAAUGCCAAGACAGAUAUGAA